AAAUAAAUUUCUAUUAUUUACACCGCAGGCUGGGUGUGCCGCUUGCCUCCCCUCGUCUUUCGCCUUCCCGCCUGUCUGCCCACGUAUUCGCAUUCGCGUUCAUGCACGGGCCCGGAUUCCUGUGAUCGACACCUCGAGUCGUCAUUGCUUUCCUUAUUUACCCCGAUAAAACACCUCUGCCGUCAUUCCCCCUAUUGUUCGCGCCUGCAGCGAAUAACGGGCCUCGACGUUCCGUAAUUAGGCUCGUUAUACCGCUCGAUGAGACCUCGCGAUGAUCAGAUAACCUCACUUUAAACCAUCGGCUAUUUUCCUCCACUCCCUCCGGGAUCUGUCAUACGCUGAGGUUAGGAAUUUUAUAUAAGUUGGAAACAAGCCUGGAUGCGGACAUUCAUUGAUGCAACAUUGAUGCUCGUAGACAGUUGCAGACUCCAAUUGCACCGAGAUGGAUAGAGCACACGGAGCGACCUAUGGCGGGGGUACCGCCAACCUGCAGGAGUACUGGGACGAGUAUAAAAAAAUGAUCGAGGAAACCAAAGUACUGGAUGAUUAUCUGGACGAGGAAUACGGACCUCGUAGUUACGACGAUGGGGAAGAGGAGGCUGAAUGGUUGCGAGCCGCUGGACUUGGGGAAUUAACUGAGCCGUGGAAAGCUGGGAGGGAGAUUCAACCUGAACAACUCGGCGCAGUUCUUCGUCCUUUGUCCAGGGCUCAGGCUGAAGCGGUUCGACGUCGUGUCAGAUCUCUGAACCACACGGUCAAGCAACGAUUCAAUCAAAAACAGCGAGUUCGGAAACCGGAUAUUAGAGACGUUUUCAAAGAUGUCGAGGUUUCAAGCACGGGCACCAGGUCUCGCAGUGCGACACCAGAUUCCCUGGAUUCAGUACUUGGGGAAACAUUGGAGACUGCUUUGCCGCCGUCACCGCCUAGAGUUACAGUCGACGUUCAUCAGAGCAGCGAAAAUGUGCCGAGUUUUGUAUCAAUAUUCCACCGCCCUUUGACUGAGGAAAAAGAAGCUGUGCGUCGAUUACCUAGUGCUCCAACGUCCAUUUCAAAUCAGACACCACAUCCAGCUCCGGCUCCUAUUCCUAUUCAGGAAAUAUUCAGAAGAGCUGGGAACUGGUCGCAGAAAGGAGACGUUGCCGGAAAUUCGGAGGGAAUAGAACUCACUGCCUACCAACGUCUCGGCACUAUUCAUCUUUCGAGACCAACGAUACAGAGAAGAAGCGGUAGCGAUCCGAGUGAAGUCGCAAAUACUGCUCACCUUGAUGUAGAGCCUGCAGGGAAGCUUUCAGCAGCUAAGGAACACGCUACUCUGAGGAGAAGCUCCGGAGGUCAUGCGACUGUGACGCGGAGUCAUAGUAGUUUGUAUGGGUUGAGCAGAUCUGGGGACGAGAAUUUGAUCACGCAUCCGUUGAACCGAACCGCGUCCCACGGGCACCUGAGUUUCGAGGAAAUGUGCAGAACCAACGAAGCAAAGUCCCAGGUCUGGGGUUCGGAGGUGCUUGCGGUUGAUGACGGAUACCCGAAGUAUGGAGUGGAGUUACUGUCUCAGCGAGACCUGACCAGACUUAGGUCGCUUCUGUGGCUUGAGCUCACUGCCGUUUUCGAUAAGUACAAUGUUCCCUUAACCAAGAGAAAGCCCAAUAAACGCAGGAGUAAAGCAGGAAAUUUAUUCGGAGUAUCUUUGUCCACUCUCCUGCUCAGAGACAGCCAAUUGACCGCCGACGAGAGCAACGUUCCGUUGAUCUUUCAGAAGCUCUUACACGAGCUGUCUAAACGAGGAGUUCGGGAAGAGGGUAUCCUCCGCGUCGGGGGACACAAGCAAAAAGUUGAAGCGCUUUGCGCGGAGUUGGAGACUGACUUCUAUUCGAAAUCUAAGGAGAUCGAUAAAUUACUGCGACGCACACCGUGCCAUGAUCUUUCGGCGGUGCUGAAAAAAUUACUCAGAGAUUUACCGCAGCCUCUUCUCACUGUUGAACUUAUAGAUGCUUAUUAUCAGAGUCACGGAGUGAAAACUCCUGGCGAACUGUCGUAUUCGCUGAAUCUUUUGGUACUUCUUCUACCGGUCGAGCAUCGUUGCACUUUAAAGGCACUGCUGAAUUUCCUUAAGCUGGUCAUUCACAAUCAAGGCUCAAACAAAAUGUCAAUUCACAAUGUGGCGAUGAUUGUCGCCCCGUCUCUGUUCCCGCCUCGUUAUAUAUAUCCGAGGGAUCAGUCCGACCUAACAGCCCAAGUUAACAUGGCCGCUGUAUGCUGUCAAGUGACAGAAGCUCUUCUAAACAAUGUUGAUAACCUGUGGUACGUUCCUAACGAUCUGAUUAAUCAACUCCGUAGACAAACCGAAGAGGAACGGUACCGUGAUCUAGUCCAGAAAUAUCUUGCUCAGUGAUACACGCGUUUUUUAGAAGUGCUCCGAGAGAUCGGCUACAGCAGCUUUGAAAAACAAGUGAAAUGUUUCCCCAAUAUGUAUAUAAGUUUAUAUGUCAAUAAAUUGAA